ACAAACAUAGGACUAUCCACCACCACAAGUGUUGUUGCAUCCAUUACUUCCUAACAAUGAAAUAAGUUUUAAGAAAAUUUUCAUAGCUACAGUUCAGAUUUUGCCUAUUCUUGUUCAUCAAAAUCUCUUUUUUGAUUACAGCGAGGUGAUUUCUUUCUAGUUUCUACGGAAUUUGCCAACUUAUGUUCGAAUUUUUUGAGGAAUUUUGUCAUCAUCGAUUAACCAUUUUUGGCGGUGAUACCUUCACAGCUACACUUUUUCUUAAAAGGAGCUCAAAUUUCUCAGCUUGCCACCGAGAAAGAAUUUUGAACAUUUGAUUGUUGUCAUCUCCAUUACCAUUGCACAUUACGAUACAAACUGUUUGAUCAGGGGAUGGAGCAAUUUCGACAGAUUGGGGAGGUACUAGGGAGCUUGAAAACUCUAAUGGUUUUCAGAGACAAUAUCCAAAUCAACUCGAGGCAGUGCAGUUUGUUGCUUGAUAUCUUCAGUUUCGCAUAUGAAUCAAUAGCAGAGGAGAUGAGACAGAACUUGAGGUUUGAAGAAAAGCACAUGAAAUGGAAAGUCCUUGAGCGGCCUUUGAGGGAACUCCAAAAGAUAUUCAAGGAAGGAGAAGCCUAUAUUAAGCAGUGCUUGGAAACCAAGGAUUGGUGGGCUAAAGCCAUUACCCUCUAUCAGAACACUGACUGCAUUGAGUUUCACAUCCACAACUUGCUUAGCUGUAUUCCAAUUGUCAUCGAAGCAAUUGAGAUUGCAGGAGAGUUGUCUGGUUGGGAUCAGGAUGAUAUUCAAAGGAAGAAACUUGUGCACUCGAACAAGUACAAAGGAGAAUAUAAAGAUUUGAAACUUUUCCAAUGGAAAUUCGGAAAGCAAUACCUCAUUGCACAUGAUUUUUGCAAUCGAAUUGACACAGUUUGGAAUGAAGAUAGAUGGAUGCUUCUAAACAAAAUCCAGGAAAAGAAAGCUUUGGGUGCAUCAAAGUAUGACAAGCAACUCAUUAAUCUCCUUUUCAGAAACUUAGACGGAUCAGAGCCUCUGAAUGGAAAACUCUUGCCAACUUCAAUCCUUGUAGGGUCUAAGGAUUACAUGGUGAGGCGGCGGUUAGGGGGUGGCAGUCAGUAUAAGGAGAUCCUAUGGUUGGGAGAAAGCUUUGCCAUAAGACACUUUUUCGGGAAUAUUGAGCCUCAUAUUCCAGAGAUUUCUUCAUUAUUGUCUCUUUCCCACCCAAAUAUAAUGAACUAUUUUUGUGGCUUUACCGACGAGGAAAAGAAAGAGUGUUUUCUGGUUAUGGAACUCAUGAACAAAGACCUCUCCAAUUACAUCAAAGAGAUUUCUGGCCCAAGAAAGCGGAAUCCAUUUUCUCUUGCUGUUGCACUUGAUCUUAUGCUUCAAAUUGCAAGAGGAAUGGAAUAUCUUCACUCAAAGAAAAUUUACCAUGGAGAUUUGAAUCCUUCUAACAUUCUUGUCAAAGCAAGAGCCACCUCAACAGAAGGUUUCUUUCAUGCUAAGCUUUCAGGGUUUGGACUAUCCUAUAUUAAAAAUGGCAUCCAAAAGAGCUCUUCAAAUCAAUGUGGAACUGGAACCCUCCCAUUCAUUUGGUACGCACCUGAAGUUCUGGAAGAGCAAGAACAGACAGGAAGUGCUGAGAAUUCCAAGUACACAGAAAAGUCUGAUGUAUACAGUUUUGGAAUGGUUUGCUUUGAACUUUUAACUGGGAAAGUUCCUUUUGAGGAUAGCCAUCUUCAAGGAGACAAAAUGAGUCGAAACAUUAGGGCAGGGGAGAGGCCACUUUUUCCGUUCUAUGCACCAAAAUAUCUGACCAAUUUGACAAAGAGAUGUUGGCAUACUGAUCCAAAUCAAAGGCCAAGCUUCUCAUCCAUUUGUAGGAUUCUUCGCUACACAAAACGGUUCCUAGCUUUGAAUCCUGAUUACAAUAGCCAGCCUGACCCGCCAAUGCCAUUGGUAGAUUACUGUGACAUUGAGUCAGGGCUUUCGAGGAAACUCUCUUUCUGGGGGAGUUCUGAUCCGUUGCCUAUAACACAGAUCCCAUUUCAGAUGUUUGUUUAUAGAAUUGAGGAGAAAAAGAGAACAAAUACAAGCCUAAAAGAUAAUUCAGAAUCAGGAAGUGAUGGAGCAUCAGCUUGUGGGGAUGAAAAUGUGACCAUAAUGGAUGAUCCAAUAUUCUUGCCAGCAAAUGACAGGAAGGCUUUAGCUUCACCUGAUAGCAAGAAAACCUUUAUGUCAAGGAAAUCUUUAGAUUUGAAGGCAAACAAACAAGCAGGAACACCAAAAGGACGAUCAGUAAGGCCUCCACAACUUUCCCCUUGUGGGCGUAGUAUGAGAAUGAGUUCAGAGGGCCAGCUGAUGGUGAUUAGUCCAACAAUGAUGAGUCCAAGAAUACGUAGAUCAUCAUCUGGUCAUGCCGCCUCAGAUUCCGAACUCCCAUAGUCUUAAAUCUUACCAAACCAUUUGCCUCAGCAACAGCUUCACUCUUUUAACUUCUAGACAUCACGUUAAUUGUUAGAUUCUCAGCCAACAACAAAAAAGAAAAAAAAAAUAGUGAAUUGUUAGAUCAGAAAUGUUUGGCCGUAGAGUAGGGCAUUUUUGCUCAGAUUAUAAUAUUAGAUUUUUUGAAAAGAUGUACAGUUCAGUAUGCCCUGCAGCAACUCAUUACAUCUGUAUUAUUCUUUAUUUUGUGUGAAAA